AUGUCUUCGUACUACGAACCUCAGGGAUGGCAAGCACCCGCUGCGCGCCAGGCUUCUUGGGAGCAACCGGCGCCUCCUUCCCGGUCAGGUACGGCAUUCACACCGAGGAAGCCGGAGCAAACAUUAACUUGUGAUAAAGGAUCCAGCUCGGUCUCUCAACGCGAAGAUAUUCCGGCCUUUUCCACCCAAUUUGACGAGGUUGAUCGUGCGAUCGACAAUCUCGUUAAGAGCGGGAAGCUGUGGAAUGCUCCUCGGCGGGAUUCGAUGCCCAUGAUGAUGGGCCGGCCCUACCCCGACUACGACCCUCGUAUGGGUGGUGGCCCUCAGCGACACCAUUCGAUCAGCGAAUUCGAUGGCAACCGAAUGCCCCCGGCUGGCAACGCCCAGGGAUUCUACGCCUCCCAACGCUACCAGGGUCGUCCCAACGAGGUGGAACAGAUGAUGCAGGCGAAGCGUCGGAUGGCAGCACAGCGGGAGAGGGAGCUCCGCAACUAUCACCAGGAGCAGCAGUACAACCGAAGCCUCCUCGCCGAGAUGUCUGCAUCCAAAUCCGACCGUUCGACCAGCCCAGCCGCCGUGAGCGAGGACAGCCGCCGUGAACUCCUCGCCCGUCAGCACCGCGCCCUGUACGGCAACGAAAGCCCAGCCUUCUUCCCGCCCGGUGCCUUUUCCGACGAUAACUCGCGCGCGGAUAGCCAAACCGGCGGCGGCACCCCCUCGUCCGGUGUUCGUGGAUCCUCCCCGCGAGGCGUCGACCCAUUCGGCCUGACACAGGGCGCGACCGCUAACGCCGAUGCCACCACUGGCUUGCAGUCUCCCCCGCGUGCCAACAGCACCUCGUCGCCCAGCUCCGCCAUGAACGCCGGCUUCACCGAGCAGCCCCCAACCUCCGCCUCGUCGCCCGAUGCUGACUCGCCCUCCUCGCGCCAGGCCCCGGCCAAGUCGUCCGGCCCCAUCGGCUCUGUUGGUCCCAUCGGUUCCCGCCCGACCCCCGGCCAGACCUCUGCACCUCCCUCCAACCCGGCCUUGAAACAGCGCUCCAUCACCCCUCUCCCGUCGCCCCUCGGACUCGGCUUCACACCUGCUGAAUCCGCCGCUGGAGUCCCUACCGAGCGCACCUCCUCGGCCGGACCCACGCCCCCUGCAACCUCUGCAGCUGGUGCCCCUGGCGCCAAGGAUUCUGCUGGCGGUGUAGGCCUCGGCUGGAGCAACGGCAACGGUGUCUGGAGCUCCAAGAGCGGUCUCGGCGUGCAAGCGUCUGUUUGGGGCUAG